GAGACAUCCAAAAUCAUAACAUUUUCAAGAGGACCAUAAAACAAAUUUUAUUGUUUUAAAAAAAUGUAUUUUCGCUUGUUUUUACUUAUUGUUGGGUAAGUGGUCGGAUAUAUCCCACACUGGAGUGCCUGUUGGGGUUCAUCUUGCGGCCAGCAGUGGGCGGUUUUUGCAGCUAUGAAUUUUCAUAGGUAUUUAGACUAAGUAUGUUUGUUUUAUUUACAUGCACUGUUGAUAGCAUUAUUGUAUUUUAAUACUGUGGACUCCAGGAAGACUAGCGACCACUGCUGUGGAAGCUAAUGGGGAUCCAAAUAAACAAUAAACAUCUUACCUUCUUCUUACUCCUUUUUGGUGUGAUGGUCAAUUAAAGGUCUUGUCAUUCCUCAAAUUAAAAUGGCAAAGCUGGUUCACUGAAGAAAAAGACAUUACAUUUUUACCGCAAAUUUUAACCCAAUAUGCUGGGUCAUAUUGUUUGACCCAAUCGUGGGUUAAACUGACCCAACCAGAUGAUUUUUAGCCCCAACCCAGCAGUUGGGUUGGUCUAAUAACCCAACUGUUUUUACUGUGUAGGCGUAAUUUCAGCCAGCCAAUCAGUCCGUAUUGUCGCCUCGGUCUCAGUCUGACUGCUGGGGAGAAUGUUUGAGAAAAAGAGUCUUCUCAGCACAGAAAACGCAAAUCUGACCUGUGUGUGAAACCAAAUUCCGGUGCCAAUAGGGACUGGACCGAUGCUAGUGUAUAAGCACCAAUAGAGAGGUUAGAAUGACCUGUAUCAGGGCUCCUGGGACAGAUGAAAGUCGAAAGAAUGUUUUUUAUGCUUUUUAGAGGCUCAAAACACAGUUUUAGAUUGUUGAUUAACUGCAUUAUUAGUCCUGUUAAAUAAACAGUUUCAUAACUCUGACCCCGUACACCAGCACUGUUCAGACCUGGAAUUCCCAUUUGCUGCUGUGGAGCGUGUUUGAGUGUCAGCUGCUGUGUUUGCAAGUGAAACAGGAGAGACAAAGGGUGUGUGAUAUACGAUUUCUGUGUCAUGAUCCACAUGUGACGGCAGAGGAUCCAGGCGGCUCCCUCCUCCUGUUGGCUUCGCUGUUGAAGGCAGAAUGAGGAAGCGUGACUGUGGGACAGAGGAGAGGCAGAGGGAGGAGGUGGGAGGCAGACAGAGAGAGCAGCUGGCUGGGAGACAAUAGUAGAACAAAUGCUGUGUUGCAUUCAGGAUCUGAGCCUCUCUGCUGCUGGCUGCUGAAGGUAGGACCACUCACCUGGAUCCACUGAAGUAGGACCCGUCAAGACCUGCUCUUCUAUCCAUCAACAGAAGUUCCAGCCGUGUACCUCCAGAAGAGAUCCUUCUUGGGCCCUGCUUUGCUGUUUGACGGGUCCCGCUGUCUUGUGGCAUUCAUAACCACCCUCAUCACCACAUUAGAAAAAGAAGAUGUAGCGAUGAGGUGGAUUGAGAUGAUGAGAGGUGGAGAAGCUUCGUGACUACCUCUUCCUCUUACAGCUACCUGAAUUCACCCCUCUUCUGUGCUAGAAGGAACCAAAGAACCUCAAACACAGUUUGACAUCAGAAGAGAAAACACAGACCAAUGCUUCAUAAGCGUGACUUCCUGGACACUCUUUAAGGAUCGGAAUCAGGAAUAUUGGGAUGUCCCAGUCAUGAAAACUUCAUUGUCAAUGAGCCCUCCUUCUGGCCUAUUGCUGGUCCUGAUGUUCUGCCCCCUGCUGGGCUUUGUCCCGUCCUCCAGCAGCAACACUUCUGGGAACAACAGCCACCCUCAUCUGGGCAACACUGACCUAGAUCGCUGCAUGAGGCACCACUUUGUAGAAACCAUUACUCAUCCAAUUUACAAAUGCACCUCCAAGAUGGUGCUGCUGGCACGCUGUGAGGGCCACUGCAGGCACACCACCCGCUCAGACCCCCUAAUCUCCUUCAGCUCCGUGCUCAAACAGCCUUUCAAAAGCUCCUGUUCCUGCUGCCGGCCACGCACCUCCAACCUGAAGGCAGUGAGGCUGCGCUGCUCCGGUGGGAUGCGCAUCACAGCCACUUACAGAUACAUCUUAGCCUGCAACUGCAAGGAGUGCAGCUGAGCUGGCAGCAGCUCCUUCUCACCUUCCAGACUCUCAACAUCCAACAUUUUUCUUGGCCUCAGAAUAUAUGUUCAGAACCAGCAAAUCUGGAGAGACUAUUAGUUCCAAAUGGGAGUGAAAUGGUGUUUCGCUCUAAGCUUUGGUUUGGAGAUUAUAACACAUUGAGAUGCCAUCUGCAGGUCUAUGUACCCCUACGGAAGUCCCCGUUUAGAUCUGGAAUGUCGGGGGUCCAGCUUGGACCUUCUUGGAACUGACACCUGUAGAUAUGCAGCGGUUGCUGACCCUUCCAGUCUUGAGUUACUCCCAGGUCACGACAGUUUAUUGGCAUCAGCGAGACCCUGAAGGGGUCGUGAUGGUUAAACUUUUAUUCUGAAGGAACCGUUGCUGCAGGUGGAACAUGCAACAGAUUUAAUCCAGGCAACAGAUUUAAUCCAGCUUGUCGUUAGGUUCUUUCAGCUUUAAGAGGAAAGUUACGGAUUGGCCACUCCGAUAACUUCUCUAGAACGCUUGGAACUGAAGUUAAGAUGACGUGGGGCAUAGUUUUAUAAUUUGGAUGUUUUGAUUUACUGUCAAAUCAGAAUUUGACAACAAAAGCAAAUUAUACAAAUACCAACAAAAACCACGCCUCGCAUCAGAUCUGGAAGGUUCUGAUUGGAUCAGAAAAAGGAAAUGUGUCAUGUGACUUUAACAUUACGUGUGAUCAGUCUAGUGUAAAUAUUUAAAGUUAUAUUACUUAUUAAAAUACUAUCAUAGGAUUAUAAUAUCAAGUAAUUAAUAUUCUCAUUUCACAGAUUGAUUGAACAUUGAGUUUCACAUGAAUAUUUGGACUAACAAAGUUAUUUGAUUACUAUUUAAAGAGUAAGAGUUCUGUCUUCUUUCUUCUUGCUUGUGCUGUCCGGAGAAGCAACAGUUUAGAUAAGAGCACCGAGCAUGAGUGGCCUUGGCCCAUAUCCUGUAGAUUAGGUUUGUGUCAGAAACUUAUGGCUUUGCUUGGGCAGAGCAAAUAGAGCAGGGCCUUUUAGGUCAAAGAUGGACAAUUCAUCACGCUACACCACACGUACGCACAUACACACACACACUUUUCAAGCUUAAAUCGUGUUUUUCACACAGAACAGAUCUACAAGUUUGUGCAUUUUGAAACCGAUCGGCCUUUCUAGAAACCGUUGCUCCUGGUCCAGUGUGAGACCCUCCUGGAGACAUGGCCUCUGCGAUUCCUCACACACACACACACACACACACACACACACACACACACACACACACACACACACACACACACACACACACACACAACUGCAGUGGGAAAUGGGUUAGGGUUAGGACAGCUUUCCCCCAGCUCACUGAAAAUGCGUUAAAUAACACAUCUGGUCAAAAGGCAGCAUGGGAAAGGACAAGGUGGGAACAUUAACAGGCAUGAGCCCAGGUACACAGGGAAUCUAGGAGCACCCUUACUCAACUACUAACAUUUGCACGCAUUCUUUUAUCUAGCUGGGUAAAACACCAGCGGUGUUGACAGAAGAGCCCACUGAGAGAAGAGAGGAGGCUAGAACCAAGGCUGAGCAAGGACGAAGGUGAUGCCCACCUGUGGGUGGUGGUGCAGACUGUCAGUCAUCAUAUUGUUUAAUCUGUAACCUACUGUGGAGUUGAUGUCAGUGUUAUUGUAACUGCAGCUGGUUUCAUACCAGGUUAAUAAAGCUGCAACUGAUGACCUA